AUGCCGCCAAAACCAACUACACCCAAGAAGUCGAAGAAACAAAUUGAGGAUGAGAAGAAGAGACUCGAGGAGAAGAAGAAAAAUGUGGAGGAGGCAGUAGAAAAAAUCUAUCAAAGGAUUCUUGAGGAAUGGUUACAGGAGGUUGGUGUGCCUCCGAUUGCUAAGGAAAUUGUGGAUGAAAAUACACCAGUUCUAGUGGAUCCGAUGGGUGAGAUUGGUAGAAUGGAUUUUCGCCACGUGAAGGAAUUACAUUUGGGAAAGAGAGGAAUGACCGAAAUUCAUAUUAAUUUUAGUCGAUUAAUAAUGUUGGAGGAGUUGUGGCUCAAUGGAAAUAAAUUGAAGAAGAAUAGAAUCGAGUCAUUGGAUGUUAAUAAUUUUUGUAAUUUCAAAUUCUUGGAGACUUUGUUAUUGCACGAAAAUAAUCUGAAGAGCUUGGAUGAAGUUAUGGAAUGUAUUAAGGGAAUGAGAUAUUUGAAACAAUUAACGCUAUUUGGGAAUCCACUCUGUGACACUCUUCCAAAGAAUGAAUAUAGAGCUAGAGUGGUUUUGGAUAUUCCAGUAUUGCAAGUUUUUGAUAGGGUGGAAAUUACUACCAUAGAGAGAGAAGAACUUGCACUCACAUAUCAGCAGAAUCGAAAUACUCUCAGCAGAGAAAUUGCCUUUGGAAAAACUGUUCCUUCUCAUGUUUUGGAACACAAGACAAUGAGACUCAGUACUAUCAAACCACCUUCAUUCAUGGGAGCUACUGCUGAAUUAGCAUGUAAGCACGCCAACAACAUUAAGAAAGAACGAGCUGUAAUGAACGUAAAGAAGGAGGACGAAGAACGAGCCAGAAUGGAAAAAACUCUUCUCGAAAGCAAAGUGAAGCAAUACUUAGAGCAUGAAGAAAAAGAAAAGAGCUCUAUUGAUACAAUAUUUGAAAGUCUUUCCCAUGUUUAUAGAGAUUUUGAAGGUCUAUUGUUGACGGGCAAUGAAAGGGGCUUGAUUAUUAAUUUAAUUAAGAAUAAUCACCCAUCUUUCAAAGCAGGAAAGAUGACCAACAUCAAGGCAUCAGAAAUGAAUGCAUUGCUGGACUCUCUGGGAAUAACCAAAUUCACAGAGAAAUGGUUCAAAUUGAUAGAGGAAAAACCAAACUCACUCACAGAAGAUGAAAAGAAGAAAUUGGCUCUCUUUAGGAAAAUUGUGGCCCAAAAUGAAGUUUCCUUCCAAGAUUUAUUCUACCUCAUAUGUGAAAUGAAAUCAGAGGAGGAAUUCAUCAACUCACACGAUCUUCAAAAGCAACUCAUUGAUAAACGAGCAGAUUUUGAAAAAAGAAAGAAGGAAAGAAUUGAAAAAGAGCAAGAAGAUUUGAGAAAAACGCCAGUUCAGGCAAAUGAGAAACGUCCCAAGUCAGGAGCUGCCACAAAAAAUAAGGGACAAAGAAAGCCAACAGAUAAUACAGACGAAGAAGAUAAGGAGAUUCAACAAAUUGAGCAACUGUCUAAGAAUGUCGCAACUCUAGAACUUCAAGCAGCAUCCAGAGCUAUUAAAUGGCAAACUAAGAGUCAACUGCAUGAAAGUUUCCGACCUAAAGAAUUGAAAAUUGUUCAAAAGCGCAGUGAUUUUUACAAAAGUCAUUAUUUAUAAAUAUAGUUCACUUCAAAUGAUU